CGGGCUCCACGCGUUUCUCACGUAGGCAGGUAUCCCAGUACCAACCCCAACUUACAGCCAGAUGUUUUGUGAAGCCUCUAUAAUAAACCUCGGAGCAAUUCAGAACUGUCAUGUGCGCGUAAAAGGAGAGAUCCAGGCAUCGGCGUCGGAUCUAAACGGUUUCUGUUACCACCCAAUAGAACUACAAGGACUUUUCUUCUCUUUCCUUUUCUUUUCUCUACACGCUUGAUUGGAGCAGGUCCGGUUCUGACAAGGAUAUCUGGCACCGCUGAAGGCGCACCGAGAUCACAGCGAUCCUGAUUUUCCCGAGAAUAACACGCUCCAGUAAAGCCAUGCGUCGCUGGAUGUGGUUGUUUUUGGUCAGGGAGUUGGUAAUGCUGCGCGUCAGAGGCAUGGCUUUGCAGAAAGCCGCGUUCUCGCACGCCGGGCUCUGCCCUAACGAUGUGAACCCCAACCUGUGGGUGGACGCAAUGAGCACCUGUACCCGGGAGUGCGAGUCCGACCAGGAAUGUGAGACUUUUGAAAAGUGCUGCUCGAAUGUUUGUGGGAGCAGGAGCUGUGUGGCGGCCCGCUACAUGGAUGCGACAGCAAAGAAGGGAGCUGACGGCAUACCGAAAAAAGUGACCUGCGAUAAGUUCCUGUGCACCCAGCAGGGCUCCGAGUGUCACAUCUGGAACGGGCAGCCUACGUGCAAGUGCAGAGACCGGUGUGAAAAAGAGCCGCAUUUCACCUGUGCGUCGGACGGAAUGACCUACUACAACAAGUGCUACAUGGAUGCUGAAGCCUGCUCCAAAGGCAUCACGCUGUCCGUAGUGACCUGCAGGUCGCACCCUGUAAACACGAGUCCUCUACCUCCAGGAACGACUGCCCUCCUGACGACCACCCUACUGCUCACCACUCUGUUAGAUGUGCAGCCCCCGGUUAUUAGCGGCAGCCCAAUAGAGCAGUCUGUAUUUGUGGGUGACACAGCAAGCUUCCUAUGUGAGGUGACUGGCUGGCCAAAGCCUGAGAUCACCUGGGAGAAGCAACUGGAGGGAAAAGAGAACACUGUUAUGAAACCCAAUCACGUGCUGGGAAAUGUGGUUGUCACUAAUGUUGGACAGCUGGUAAUCUAUAGUGCUCAACUCGAAGAUAUCGGUGUUUACACCUGCACAGCUACAAACUCAGGGGGUUCAAUCCAAGCCCAUUUUCCACUCUCUGUGAAACAAAGAGACCCAUUUGAGUUGGAGAAACCAAAGAACCUGUCUUCUUUCCCUGCUGAGGAGUGCAAGAAGGAGCCAGAUGCAGGUAAUUGCGGUGUUGAGGAGCUCAGUUGGUAUUUUGACAGCAAGAGGAACAGUUGCUUCACAUUCACCUACGGUAACUGCAAUCAGAACCAGAACCACUUCGACAGCUUUGACUCUUGCAUGCUGUCCUGCCAGGCCGAACUGCCCGCCCCGUGUGGUCUCCCCAGCCUUCAGGGUCCCUGCAAAUUCUACAAACCACGCUGGGCCUACAGCAGCACUCUCAAUCAGUGCCAGCCCUUCAUCUACGGGGGUUGUGGAGGCAACGACAACAACUUUGAAACCAAAGAGUCAUGCGAGGACUUGUGCCCGUAUCCUAAGAACCACCGCUGUAAGCCAUGCAAAUCGCAGCACAAGAUGGUGUCCAGCUUCUGCAAGAGUGACUUUGUGAUCCUGGGCCGCAUGACCGAGCUGACGGAAGAGGAAAGCUCGGGCCGGGCGCAGAUCAGCGUGGACGAGAUCCUUAAGGAUGAGAAGAUGGGGCUUAAGUUCAUGCAGAACCAACCCUUGGAGGUGACGUUGCAGAACAUGGACUGGAACUGCCCGUGUCCCAAUGUAACUCUCUCGGACGGUCAGAUCAUAAUCAUGGGUGAUGUGCAAAACGGAAUGGCCGUGCUCCAGCCAGACAGUUUCGUCAGCCAGUUGAGCGUACGGCGACUCCGCAGGCUGCGUGAGGUGAUCAACAAAAACACAUGCGAAAUUCUGAAAGAGUUCCGGGAAUAGGGCAGUGCUCUUAGCCCAAGAUGACUGCUAUUCUUUUGCAAACUCACACGGACAAUGACAUUUAUCAAUGUAAAAACUAUGCAAAGUAUCUAUUGGAGAACUCUUCCGUUCCAAAAUGACAUUUUUUUUUGUUUACUUCUUUUUUUAAAUCCUUUUCCUUAACUUACCGCAUACCUGAUUUAAUUUUUUCUUUCUUUUUUUCCCUUUGUUGAUUAUAUAUUGUACUCUUGUGUAUGAGUAGUGAGUCGUCUAACAUCCACAAAAUUCCAGGCCAGUUAAGAUGUUUGCUUUGACAAGGUUGUAUAUACAGUAUGAGACACAGCUGUUCACCCAUGAGACAGUGUCAACUUUCAACGUCUUCAUAGGAAACCUGCUAAAAUGCCUCGUAGGUUAAAGUGAAAGAACACAUUUGUAGGCAUAGGAAAGCAUUAAUCAGACCCAUCUGCUAGACCACAUCCAAACUGCACCCCAGCUUCAAAAUGAUAACGAUUUAAGGUGGUUCAUUCAAGGUAUCUGUUUCGUUUCAUGUCUGAAAUUCUAGGACUAUUACUGGAGGUGAAUGACAAUGUCUCAAAAAAAAAAAAAAAACGGUCGUAAUAUACCGUAAAAUGCACACUUGUAUUAUAUUUACUCUGAAGUUUGCUUUCGGAUAUAUCUGCGUUUCCAUCCUGCCCGCAAUUUCUGCCACGACGACCUUUUGAUGUACAGCUGGAUAUUUUCGCAGCGAGGACAAUCUUGAAGUGAUUUUGUUUCCCUUUUAUUUAUUUUAACGUAUUUUGUUCGCGCCAAACAUUCAUUUCCUGUAAGCACGUUCACGUUUUUUAAUUUUGAAAUCAUAUUUGUACAAAAUGUCAC